AUCAGCAUCAGCAUCAGCAUCAUUUUAAUUUUUGGGCAAAGUUAUAAUCUCUCUUUCAAUUUUCCUCUGCAUCCAGCUUUCAAUAUUCAAUGCACACUCUUUGGACUCUGUCCCAACUAUAACUUGCCAACUGUCUUCUACUACACACACAUACAAACACAUUACACACAACCCCCAUUACAUUAAAUGCUUCACCUCUUCCUCCCUCGAUUUUGAUAGUAUAUAGUAUGUCCUAAGAUCAUAACAAUUUCCUGCCUGAACUCCAACGCACACAACAAAAACAAAUUCACUAACCAACACGCACACACACAGUCACAAAAAACAAACAGAGCAAGCGGUGCUGACCGGACCCGGAAAGUGAAUAUGGCACCGGCGUUUUUCCCCUCCUCAUCGCGUACAGUUUGUGUCAUGGAUGCCUCCGGCCGGUUGGGCUCUGCCUUGGUUAAGAGGCUGUUGAAACGUGGUUAUACCGUUCAUGCCGCAAUCCAAUCUCAAGGUAUUCCCUGUUUUUUCCCCUGUUUUUUUUUCCCUUACAUAUCAGAAUUCCGGAGUCCUGAUUAAAUUUUAUGUUAUCAUUAGGUGAUCAAUUGGGAUGGUUUAAUGGAAUCACUGGUGAACAGAGCAAGAAUCUGAAGAUUUUUCAGGCUGACCCAUUUGAUUAUCAUAGCAUUCUUGAUGCAUUGAAGGGCUGCUCUGGCUUGUUUUAUUCAUUUGAGCCUCCUCGGGAUUACUCUGCAUAUGAUGAAAAUAUGGUUGAAAUAGAAGUAAGAGCAGCACACAAUGUGGUGGAAGCAUGUGCACAGACAGAAACAAUAGAAAAAGUUGUCUUUACAUCCUCAGCUGCAGCAAUCAUUUGGAGAGAUGAUCAAUUAUCAUCAAACUCAUGUACUGAGUUGGACGAAAGACAUUGGAGUGACAUUAACUUGUGUCGUAAAUUCAAGUUGUGGUACGCCUUGUCGAAAACUCUAGCAGAGAAGACGGCGUUAGCGCUGGCGAUGGACAGGGGAUUGAACAUGGUGUGCAUCAAUGGCGGACUGUUAAUGUGCCCGGAUCAACUAUCCAUCACGAACCCUUACCUAAAGGGAGCGCCGGAAAUGUACGCGAACGGGGUGCUCGCCACCGUCGACUUGCGCUUCAUGGUGGAUGCUCACAUUUGCGUGUAUGAAGGUAUCACCACAUAUGGUAGAUACUUGUGCUUCAAUCAUGUCAUCACUAGCCCUGAGGAUGCAGUCAAUCUUGCAAAACUUAUAUCACCCCCUUCCCUCUCACAGCCUCAAAGUUUUGAGGAGCCGGAAGUGAAUGGAAGGAUAAUCCAGCAGAGAAUAAGCAACAAGAAAUUGAACAAAGUAAUGGUUGAUUUUGAGAGUGGAUCAUAAUCUCAGCUAGCUGAUUGAUUGAAAAGCGAGAACUAAGAAUUCAAUGUACUGGUAUCCUUAAAAACAAUUAUUGGGAUCCAGAGCUGUUUAAUAUGAUGGUGAAGGACAUGAUUCUAGGAUUCUGAUGAGGACAAAAUGGAGAAUAUAGGCAAUUUAAGCAUCCAAAAGGAUAAUUGUAACUGUCUAUAUUACAAAAAGUCACAAUUUGGAUCAAACUCCCCCAUUCAAUUAUUCUAAUAUAUACUAGUGGAUUUGUUCUUUAUCUAUUCCAAAAUGUUCAUUUCCCAAACAAACUAUUGAAGUCAACGACCUCAAAAAAAAGGUUAGGAUAUAUUGGUAGUAUUUGGAGGGAUUUACUUUUGUAAGGUUGUGAAAGUACGAACUUUGUUAAAAAGACACUACUGAUAGUAAUCAACAAAUAUUUAAUUUCAGCAAAAUUGGAGAGAAAAUUUAGAAGGGCAAAACUCUAAAACAAGUUCAU